ACCUUACCACCACCAAUUCAUUCCAUCACAUAUGUGACUUGGUACUUAACUUUCUACACAUAUAAGUCCAUACAGUAAUAUUCUAAUUCAGUACUGACUCAUUAAUAUUUAUUACUGUACUGCUUUUUUCAACAUAUUCAUAUAAGAUACCAGUUACAAAUUGUUCAUCUGUAUUUCUCCAUCUGCUACAACUCGUAACGUCCUUGUAAUUUGAAUUAAUAUUCUAUCUACUAAGGCAAGAUAUCAAGAGUGCAAGAAUUCAACAGCCAUGCAGAACAACACUCCCAGUUCAUCCCAUCCAUUAGCUGCACGGGUCCCGGGCCAGCUUCACACGCCUACGCAUUCUUUCAGUGACGCGGCCUUCACUCCUGAUUCCUUGGAUGGCCGAAAUAUUUCCUGGGACAAGAAAUCCAAAGAUGAUUUUGAGUUGGCACGAGCAAGACUCAGUGAUCAGAAAUUCAAUAUUAAACAAUAUGACGACCCUCUUCUACCACGCCAGCAUCCACCAUCCCACUUCUAUCCCAAUGGUGUUACAGCAGAGACGGAGGCCCGUCUACUGAAGGUCAUUGCUAAGGCCAAAGGCUCUUCAAAAUAGACCAUUGUUGGUAGGUCUAGAAGUAUAUGAGGAUCUUAUCUAUAAUUCGGUGGUAGUGAAUUCUAUAUCAUGGGCAAUUUAUGUUGGUACUGGUAGAAUGUGUGCUUGCGACAUACCGCUUUAUUUACAUACUCAAAAUGCUUUCAUAUGCCAAGUAUGGGCAGUUUACUUGGAUAUUAUACCCAGUACAUAUAGUGACAAGGAAAUAGCAUACAUUUUACAUUGUUUUAUGAA